GUACCACACCGGCCUCACGUUGCACAAAUGUGUCAAGCGCCUCCUGAGUGCAUGACGAUUAAUCUACGUGACUGGGACUUAAUUAACGAGGAAAAACAGCCAUAAUACAGCCCGGGGAUCGGUUUUAUACACUUCUCCUAAUCGGAUAUUGAAGCCGAGACACACGCGGAGUCGAAAAAAAGUGUUCAAGGCAGAGCCUUACACCCAGCACCGACUGAAUGAGCGCUAAUCUAUCGUCACCACAUGGAACAAAUUCCCUCUGCUGAACGUAUGAAGACCCCGACUGACCACACGAAGAACUAUUGAUGUGUGACCAAAGAUCGGAGAUGCCCGGGGGCGAUGGGGAGCAGCCUGCGUUAUCGUCAGCCACAGGAGAUGGAGAGGAGGAAAGGGGGUCGUCAGGGCGGCAGGACGGAAGAGCGGGGCAGUCAGAGCGCCUCACGGGGGAGGAGUGCGGAGCUUCAGGUGGGGAAGCGGGGCAGGAAGAUGAGGAGAUGACAAGCGGAUCACAAGACCUCUCUUCUUCAGCUAAUCAAAGCAGCGAGAACACAGAUGGCAGCAGAGGGCAGGCCCACAGAGAGUUAAUCACCACGGUGGCUGAGAUGAAGAAGAGGCUUCCGUCGGACAAACGCAGCCGCAGCAAAGCCAGCACCGUGGAGGCCUUACACUACGCUCUCAACUGUGUCAAACAAGUACAAGCCAACAACGAAUACUACAAACUGCUGAUGCGGAAUGGCCAGGAUGAGAAGAGAGACGCUUCUGUUUGCACCCUGGAGGAGCUGGACAGAGUCACCUCCGAACACACCCUUAAAAACACGGACUCCUUCGUGGUGGUUUUCUCGCUCCUGAGCGGCCGAGUGCUGUACGCGUCCGAGCAGGCUCCCAGCAUCCUGUGCUGCAAGAGGAAGUUCCUGGAGUCGGCCAAGUUCGUGGAGCUGCUCUUUCACCAAGACGUCAACGUCUUCUACUCGCACACGGCUCAGCCGCAUCUGCCACCCUGGAGCAACUCGCAUACAGCGGGCGUUCUGUUCGACUGUGCCCAAGUGAAGUCUUUCUUCUGCAGAAUCAGGGGUGGGAAGGACCGCGAGGGUGAGAUGCGUUACAACCCGUUUCGGAUAACACCGUACCUGCUGAAGGUGCAGGGAAGAGGAAGCAGCGGGGACGAGGAGGAGCCGUGCUGCUUGGCGUUGGCUGAACGCAUCAUCUCUGGAUAUGAGGCUCCUCGGAUCCCCUUGGACAAGCGCAUCUUCACCACCACACACUCCCCUGGCUGUGUGUUCCUGGAAGUGGAUGACAGGGCUGUGCCGUUGCUGGGAUACCUUCCUCAGGAUUUGAUUGGCACGUCAUUGCUGACUUGCAUUCACCCAGACGACCUCCCACUCAUGCUGUCUAUGCACCGGAAAGUGUUGAAGUACGCAGGCCAGUCUCCGUUCGAGCACUCUCCGGUGCGUCUGCGAUGUCAGAAUGGAGACCACAUCACCUUAGACACCAGCUGGUCCAGCUUCAUCAACCCUUGGAGCCGCAAGGUGGCCUUCAUCAUCGGACGGCAUAAAGUCAGGACGAGUCCACUGAACGAGGACGUGUUUGCUGCUCGGCCUCAGGACGAUAUCCCAGUCACCCAUGAGGAAAUAAAAGAUCUGCAAGCAAAGAUCUACAAGCUUUUCCUUCAGCCGGUCCAUAACAACGGUUCCAGUGGAUACGGCAGUUUGGGGAGUAACGGCUCGCAUGAGCACUACAUCAGCGUAGCUUCUUCAAGUGACAGCAAUGGUAACCUGUGGGAGGACUCGCACCGGGAACCGAUGACUCUGCAGCAGAUCUGUGCUGACGUGAACAGAGUUAAGAGUUGGGGCCAGCAGGCUUAUCUGGGCUCCAGCCACAAAACUGCGGCUCUUCGCAAACCUGCAACAGCACGUCUGCCCCCUGCAGCCUCCAACCCUGAAGUCAGAGAUCAUGAAGAGAGCAGGAAGCAGAGACACAUUCCCUCCUAUCAGCAGAUCAACUGUGUGGACAACAUCAUCAGAUAUUUGGAGAGCUGUACAGGUCCAGCCCUCAAGAGGAAGAGCGACUCCCGUUCCCUGGCGACCUCUUCUUCUUCAUCCUCUACCUCAGAAGACGACAAGCCCGCCGGAGCCGCUGACACGGCUCAGGCCAGCUCAGAUGUGGUGUUGGACAGCGGCGUGUCAGUGGCCCCGACGGCAGCAGCUGUCGUCGGAGCUCCUUUGACAGACAUCACAAUGUCCACUAAAGCCAUGAGCGUGGUCUCUGUCACCAGCCAGUGUUCAUACAGCAGCACCAUUGUCCACGUGCCACAGCCUGAGUCAGAGGCCACGGCACUGGAGGACGCCCCGAUGGGUAGUGAGCCUGCUGAUGCUGCUCCGACUCCCGUCCGUCCGGCCCCGAGUCCCGCUGCAGAGGAACGGAGGUUUAUAGGUCUCACCAAGGAGGUGCUGUCCGCUCACACCCAGAAGGAGGAGCAAGAGUACGUGGAUCGAUUUCGCAAUCGCAUCCUCCAGAGCCCCUACAGCUCCUACCUGCAGCUGGACAACAGCUCCAUGGCUCACUCGCACCAUCCAGGAGACUACCUACGUCCACUGAGCGGCGGUGGGUGGAACCGCUCUCGGAGAGGAAAGCCCAGACACAAGCGCCCCAAGCCCCAGGGUUCCUCCGACAGCUACGCGUCCCCACCUGGCCCUCCUCGCCGAGUCCCCAACUCAUCCUGGCCCUCCUCGGAGUCCUCACAGCCGCAGAUGGGGGCUCCCUUCAGCCAAGCAUCUUCGCUCCAGGCGCCAUUCUUCCCCAUGAUGGCAACCCAGCCUGGCCCGGCGCAACCACCCGGACCGCAGCAGCUGCCUGGAACAACCCCCAUGGUGCUACAGCCUCAUGACCAAACCCAGUUCAGCUACAACUUCAACAUUAUGCAGUCCGCUCAGAGCCUGCCAGGCAUGCAGCCGAUCCAGAUGGAGCCGGUUCAGAAUCUGCAGCACACACAGAACUUUCACAACCUGCAGCCCAUUCCUCCAGCCCCGGGCAUCAACCCAUACCCGACUCCAGUCAUGGCUAUCAUUCUGCCCAACUACCCAACUUUUACCACAGGUUACACGUCCAUGUAUCCGCCGUCCACUCUUUCGAUGAUGCCCCAGGCACCCAUCACCAUGACGGGCUUUGCCCCUGGCGUCGCGCCUGCACCUCAGCCCAUGUUCCAAGCCCAGACUAGCCCACUCAACACUCAGAACCCCCUGGGCCAUCUGCUUUGCUCACCCAGAGCCAGCUCCUCCGUCGGGGACGAGGAGGAGGAAGCCGGGCCUCGGGCUUUAUUCUCUAGCUCUCGCUCGAGUUCACCGCUUCAGCUGAACUUGUUGCAGGAGGAGCUGCCAAAGCCGAGCGAAGGGCAGAGCAGCACCGGGCUCAACCAUGCCGAGAGCCUCCACGAACAACAUGCCAAUGAAGGCGAUAACCCCAGUGACUCUGGGAACCAUGACACCCAGUCUACAUCCAGUGAGCUGCUUGACCUGCUGCUGCAGGAGGAUUCCAGGUCAGGCACCGGAUCCAACGUCUCAGGGUCCGGAUCAGGGGAGUCUGGAGGCUCUUUGGGAUCUGGAUCUGGAUCUGGCUCCAAUGGAACCUCCACCUCACACACUGGCAGCAGCAACAGCAGCAAAUACUUUGCCAGCAAUGAUUCAUCAGACACAUCACGGAAAGCCCGUAAGAGCCAGGAAGCACCGGCGGAGCACCAGCGCAGCUUCGACACUCGGGUGGAGAACACGCUGUGGAGCAUGAUCCAGCACACGCCAGAGCAUGUCAUGAUGACGUACCAGAUCCACACCAGGGACCAGAAUGAGGUGCUGGCCGAAGACAGGGAGAAGCUUCGGGUGCUUCAGCCCCUCCAGCCCUGGUUCAGCCAGGAACAGAGAAAGGAGCUGGCUGAAGUUCAUCCCUGGAUCCAGCAGCACACGAUCCCACAGGAAAUCGACACACAGGGUUGUGUGAGCUGCAACACAAGCGCAAGGGUCUCCUGCUCCCCUCACCCUCCUGUCCCAGACAGCUCGUCCCCUCUGGAGAGCCCUCUGCAGGACUCCAUCGGACCAGUGGUGGACACCUGAGAGACCUGGAAGCUGAGUCAACCUUACCACGCAGUUUACAGCUGCAAACCAGCCCUGCCAGAAACCCAGACGACUUCCACCAUGCAUCUCUUCUGACCAGUUUGGAGGAGUGGGUCCUUGUGCAUUAGUUUGAAGUUUAACAUGUUUUGUGAAGGUAUCAGCGGCUCGAUCAGGCCCUGAGGAACAGAGGAAGCGAGAGCGACGGGCAUAUUUAUGUCAUUUUCUCUUUGUCGGCCUAAUGUGAUUGCCUUUAUCAGACCAUAAAUAUUAUACCUCUCUAAUUUUUGUGUUUUUAGACCCGCAUAGGGGUUAAGUUUGUAUUUAAGACUGGCCAGAUUCAAGACUGGCACCAUGAGCCGCUUGACACUCACAGUGUUGGCAGAGGGGUCCCAUGGUUGCUGCCCCUAAACACGAGCACUGUGUACACACUCGGCCCGUGUGCGACUGCGACAAGACAAUGACGGUGCUGUCCCAGUUUCAGUAUCAGAACUCACAACAGACUCUGCUCCAGAGACGGGUUGUACAGUCUGUGUACCGCAUCAGCGCACCAUGGUUGAACACAUGGUGGAUUGUUUUGAUGGACUCACGAGACAAAGGCACAUUUGCUGGUUUCUAAUGUUCAGCUUCUAACCUUGUAAGUUAAUUGUUGUGGGAGUGUUUUCUCGUAUUCCACAGGUUGGUUUCCUCUGGACCAGAAGAUGAGUUUUCACAAACAUUUUGAUCACUUCUGAGUCAGCUCAGUGCUGCAACGCGAGUCCGCUCUGAUGUCCCAUCUAAACGUCCUGUAGCACCACCCAGUAUCCUGCGAGAUCAUCACCCUAAAUUACCUGUAGCUCACCUCCAAUUGUAAACAGACACAGCGUGGCCCCAAAUCUCAUUUUGUUCCCUGAGUUUACCUACUGAAUGAUUUCUUCUUAAACUCUGUGUGGCUGUCUGUUUGACUGUGUGUGUGUGAGAUAGAGAAAGAUUGACUAAUUGUACUUCUGUGAAUGUUGUCAAACCUUUUCUCUGGGUUCGGAUUACAGGUGAACAUGUGUUCGUGUGUGUGUGUGAGUCUGUGCUGACCGACUGAGAGCUGCUUCCUUCGAUACAGUUCAAGACAGACCAGGGUUUUCUACCGUUUUUAGAUUCAGAGUAUAUUACAGUACCAUGUAUUUUAUAGUAAAAAGUCACAAAACAAACUUCACAAAGUGUAUAAAAAGCCAUUUGUCUUGAAUUCAGGGACUGUUUGUUUGUGGCACAAAGGAAUGAAUAAAUAAACCAUGUCCUAACGUGUA